AUGGUUUGCUUUUCUGGUAGUCAUGAUGGGUCUUGCAAGAUUUGGGACUUCGCCGUUGGUGCUUGCUUGAAGACCCUUAUUGGCGAUAAGGUCUUUGAUGUGUCUUUCGCUAAGUUUCCCCCCAAUGGCAAGUUCAUACUCGUUGCCACUCUCAAUGACCCACUAGUACUUCCUCAAUCUAUUUGGAUUAAGAAGUUUAUUUAGUCUCAUUGUGGGAGAAGAAAAAGAUUAGUGUUUAAAAUUUCUAUAUCUUGAUAUGCAUGCUGGGUGUCCUCCAAAAAUCAGAAACAACAAUUAGUAAUGUGAUAAAAAUAUAAACUUGAUAUACUAAUCUUUGCCAUUCUUUGUUCUAGCCAUGGAUGACACACAGCGUAUGAUGCAGAUGGGAGGAUUCGACUUUGAUCCAACAAAGGUACAAAAAUAAUUGGUUUGGGAUUUAGUAUUUUAACUAUCAAGAAUGUCUUUCCUUUUUAUUGUAUCAUGUUUUUAGGGCUUAACUCUAGUCUUCAUGUUAUUUUUCUUACGCAAGAUCUUGGAGUAUGCAUCAUGAUAGGGUUCUUCAAGUUGUAUAGUAAUUUUCUAGGGUCAAAGUACAAUAAUUUCAGGAAUUACAACACAUGCAUAUCGCCACUAUUCUUAUAUUUAUCUUCUCAUGAUAAGCAUGUAACAUCAUAUGAAUGAUAGGAGUAUGUUCUAUUAUGUUUGUUUUUGUGACGUGGGGUGGGGCCUGUAUUCGAUGCUUAUUUAUAUAUUAAAGAGAUGCCUUUUAGAUCUAUUAUGGCUCAAAGUUCAUGCUUUCUAUGCCUUUGCAAUUUCUUUUGGGUAACUACGCUAAUUGACCCUAAUCAGCCCUAUAUUUAUAACUCUAACCCUUAGUUAAAGUUUUUUACAUUUUUGACUCUUUAAGACAAAAUUACCCCUUUGUUAAACAAAUAAUUAGAAACAACUCUAUUUCUUACUCUUCUCAUCCCCUUCCCAUUGAAAACCCUCCCUCCCAAACCCAACUAUCUUCCCGUCGAAGCUGCGAUGGUGUUGUCGUCUCUGGCCAGCACCCACCUCGUCCCACACCGAUGCAUGUCCUCCCAGUUGCGUCGUCGUCUCCACAGCCACCUUUUUUUCUUACCCAUUUCGUUUUCAACCCCUUUUACACUCUUCCUUCUCUCUCUCUCAAAUCUACCAUAGCCCCCAUCCCCUCCGCUUGCUCCCGACCCCACGAACCCACAUUGCUGCCUCGCUAUGCUUCGCAGCCAUAUCGUCGAGCCCACGUCGUCGGAGCUCAAGGUUUACAACACCAAAGACCUCACACUCCCCUUGCAAGCCCGAUACCCUAGCCGAAGAGUCACUCCUCAUGCUUCUUACUGAAAGACAUUAUCCAGUAAAAGUUGCGUAUAGGGGAGGGAGCAUUAUGAGUACAAUAAUAACGAAGUUCACGACAUUUGGCUUGUUGGAACGAGCAAAACAGUUACCAUUCAAGCAAUUCUUCUUAGCUUCGCCUCUACAAUAUUCUGGAGUUAUUAUUUACCAGUUACUGCUUAGGAGAGUUGUUGGUAGAGGAAAGAACGAAUACUGCUUGAAUUUUAAUAUUUGUGGUCAGAAUACAAGGAUUGGAAUUAGUGAAUUUGGUUUGAUCACUGGAUUGAAUUGUGGAAUUUCUCCGGAUCAGGCAAAGUAUAAAGAAAUGACCAAGAGUAAAAGACUUCUCCAGACAUACUUGAACAAUAAAGAAUGUUUGUCUUCUGAAGAGUUGGAAGAUGGAUUCAAAAUGUGCGAUGUGAAAGAAGACGUAUGGAAAUCAGGUCUAUGUAUUUUGGUAGACUCUCUUUUUAUUACCUAGUGAACCAAAUAAGAAAUGCUUUAUUGAUGUCCUUUCCAUGGUGGAAAAUGAAGAUGACUUCUUCAACUAUCUUUGGGGGAGAUUAUCGUACGAGAAGACAUUAUUUGGCUUGACAAAAGAUAUGGAAAGGCUAAGGAAUAAAUACUUGAAGAAUGUUGAGCAAAAGAGAAAAAGACCAGCACCUCAGUACACAAUUUAUGGUUAUGCCAUUGCUCUGCAAUAUUGGGCCUAUGAAAUUUUCACAAAGUUCGCUGCAUUUGCUGAUCAACAACCCCUUGCCUUUCCAAGAAUGCUUAGCUGGUCAGCGCAUAAAAUGCUGAAAGAGAAAGAUAUUGAAGGUGUAUUUAAGAAAAAAAGUAAUCUUGUGAAGGCCACACUCAAUCCAAGACCCGUAGAGAAAGAAUUACAUGACUCUAUUAUUCAAGGACCAUAUGAACUACUCAUGGGUCGUGUUAUUAGCUUUGUAGACAAUGAUGUGGAAUUGGAGUUUGAAAGGGAAGAACGUGAGGAACCUCCCACAAAGCCCGAUGUAGCAGAUGAGCAUCGUCACGAGCAAGACCAGAAAGAGAUACCAACUCCAAUUAACACCCACCAUGAAAAGUUGUUAGCUGAUAUUGACACUUUGAAAAGUAACCAACAAAGAAUGGAGGAGAAGUUGGAUUAUCUAAUUGAAUUGGUGCUCUUGCAACAUAAAUAUAGUGAUUAUGAGGAUUCAGUAUCAGAUGAGCAUCUUGUUUCACCACACCGUACAUUUAUUAUGGAGCACGUUGUUGGAGAAGAUAGCCCUAGCUGUAAGGUGGUAUCUCCUGAAGAUAUGGCUGGGGUGGAAUUCAAGAGAAGGAGGGUUCUAACGAAAAGAAUUUUUGGUGCCGAGUUAACUGAUCCAACUAGGAAGAAAAAGAAAGCAAAGACAAUUGUAACUGAUCCUUGUGAAAUUAAUCCCCUACAGCCAUAUGACGAAAAGCAAAUGAGACGUUUUAAGAAAUGGGUAAUUGGUUUAAAAAAGAAUGAUAAGCCUAUUUCUCUCUUGGCUGGUUCGUGCACAGCGAAAUGGUUAUUCAGCUACUUACACCACGUACAUGGCUGGAUAGACUGCAUAUUGAUGCAGCUUUAGGGUUGAUGAAAGAACGAGUGUACACUUAUAAGAAGACUUACUCCCAAAGAUUCACCAUCGUGGAUUCUAUGUUCCAACAGUUCUUCGAACCACAUUGGGAUCAAUUCAACAAGUGGAAAAUCAAAUCAAGCUACAUUUGGCCAAAAGAAGUGCUUGAUUACUUGGUAGGUGAUGACAAAAGGAGUUGGAAAGACAUUGGUGAUGUUUUUACCCUGAUUAAUUUUUUUGGGACACAUUGAGUGUUGUUAGAGAUAUCAUUGACAAGCUAUUUUAUAAAAGUUUAUGACUCUGAUAUCAUUGUGGUCUCCAACAAGGAGUUUGAGAAUAAAAUUUUGUUACUUUUUGGUUAACAGAAUAUAAAAAAUAAAUUAAAAGGUUGUUUUUUA